AUUUUCAUUUCUCAAAAUCAAAGCGCCGUAACGGGGAACAAAGACCCCCCUACUCUCUGCUUCAAAAACCCAAAAGGCUAAAAAGAUUGAUAUGGCGCUAUACUCAGCAAUUCGCAGAGCCUCUUAUAAGUCCACAAUUCCUCUUUCACUUCGCUCCAUCGCUACUGCCACGUCAUCCUAUUCCUCCCCCGCCGUAAAAAAUGGCAAUUGCGGCAGCGUUUCUAGAAGCUUCUCGAUUCCGUUGCUUCAGUAUUACUACUCCACCAGUGCAGUGAAGAAGAAGAAGAGAAAACAACAGAGCUCCUUUGAUGAUAUUCUUCUCCAAAUCAUCGAUUCCGAAAUCAAAUUUGCACUGGAUUCUGAUUUCCAUGAAUGUGUUGUGGACACCCCGGAUGACUUUCCUUUUAAGGUUCAAGAUAUAUCAGGAAAAAAAGUUGUUGUUCUUACGAGAGAUUAUGGAGAAGAGACCAUAAAUAUUGUAGUGGACAUGCCUAAUGCCGGAUGUGAAAAUGCUGAAGAUGAUGCUGUUAACAGUGAGGAAGAGAGUGAGCCACAACCUUCGGUUCCGUUGUCUGUCAUCGUGUCAAAAGAAAAUGGUUCGUCACUAGAGUUUGAUGUGAGAGCUUUUCCAAAUAAAAUUUCAAUUUGUGGCAUAUCCAUCAACGAGCCAAAAAGUUCAAGCAAUCAGCUAGACUAUAGAGGGCCUGCUUUCUCACUUCUAAAUGAAAGUCUACAGAAGUCUUUCUAUGAAUAUCUUGAAGUCAGAGGGCUGAAUAGCAGCACUGCUAACUUUUUGCUGGAGUAUAUAAUUAGCAAAGACACCAAGGAAUACAUCCGGUGGCUUAAAAAUAUCAAGAAUUUUUUCGAGAAGUAGCGUCCCUUUUUCAUGAAUAUGUAGAACCUGGUCUUUAGUUGAUGGUGUUCUUGCUGAAGAAACAUUUGGUUAAUGUCACAUGAUAGAUGAUGAUGGAUGGAAUGUCAACGUUGGUAAGAAAUGGCAAUAGUUAUAACCGGAGCAAACUUCUUCGCAGUAGUGCUGGUUAUAAUAAUAGCAUCACUGGAGGCAAUCCUUGUACAAAUUAGAAUAUUUUUCUUUUUGUGAUUUUGUUCAAUGGAUUAGAUUUCU